UAUUUAAUUUAGCUUUUGAACCACUUCUUCGUAGUAUUCAAAAUGAUAUUCUGCUGAAAGGUUAUGCAUUGCCUAAAUCAAUUUCUGGUCCUCACUUGUCUGAUUCUCUGACUGCUCCUGUUAAGCUAAUGGCAUACGCUGAUGAUGUUAUUUGUCUUUUAAAUUCCCCUGCUGAAUUAAAUCGACUUCAAUUUCAUUUAUCGCUAUAUUCCCUGGCUUCUAAUGCUCGUAUCAAUUAUAAUAAGACCGAAGUUAUUUCUUUAUCUGGUUCCUCUUCCAUUUAUGACACCUGCUGGCGGACAGCUUUGCACUCUCAUGGUAUUUCGGCAUGGCAUGAUUGUCGUUCUUCUCUACCAGUUGUAUAUCUUGGUUUCCCUCUUUGCUCCUCAACCAAACAACGUGAUUCUUUUCUUGAUAAGAUUUUAUCGAACAUCAAAAUUGCUUGUGACAUUCAUCGUCUACGUCUUUUAUCUGUUCGAGGUAGAUCUACUGUUCUGAACUCUUUGAUUCUCAGCAAACUUUGGCAUGUUCUUCGUGUGUUGUCCGUACCAGCUUCCUUUUUUAAAUCCGUUCAGUCUAUCAUUUCAAAUUUUAUUAACUUUCGUAUCUUUCCCAAAGUUAGUUUCAAUACUGCUUGCUUACCGCGAUCUUUGGGAGGUUUAGGUCUACUUAAUCCGUCUCUUCAACAAUCUGCUCUUCAACUACGUUGGUUAUACCCUAUUCUUUCUACUUCAACUGAUGACCUUGAUUCUAAUGACUCGGCUAUCAGUGGUUCUAUCGUUCUCUCACGAAUUAUUUCUUUCUUGUAUUCGCAAGUUGAAUUGUAUUCCGACGGUCGAAUUUUCCAUACUCCUCCUGCCAAAUUAGAUCAUCGUUUCUUCUUUUUGUUCCCUCACCGUAGGCCUCCUUUCCUCCGUCAACUGACUAGUUCUCUAUCACUUUUAUUCAACGCCAUCGACAUGAUUCCAAAACCAUUCUCAGAUGUUGUUGUCAGUGCUGCUACUUGUCUAGAGAUCCCAUUUUCGUCACUGGUUAUUUCCUCAUCAGAGCCCCUACGCCGAUCUAUGGCUUCCUUAACUAGUAAUUAUGGAUACAUUUUCAAUAGUGAUGAUGGAAAUUGUCUCCGUCCUCUUCAAAUUACGGAAAUUCUUCACCAUCCACGACUUACCAAACAAGUUUUAAAGCGGGUUAAAAAAAACGAAAUUAUUUUAGCUCCCUUUUUUAUUCGUUGCUUUAUUCCAACUAGAUUCGCAGGUUCUGGUCAAUUCCCUUUCACUCAAGUUUCUGACCAUCAAGUUGUUGACAUUUCUCCUUUUCUGAAAGAUCUUGGCUUUUUUCGUUCCCCUGGUACACCUACAACCCCUUUUACCACAAAGAAAUUUCGUCGCAUGUGCUCACAAUCACAUUUAUCCUCUCCUCUACUCCCACCACCUUUUUCCCCAAAAAUUUCUUUCCCUUGGUCUCAGUUUUGGCAACUGCCCCUUUCUCAUUCUGGUAGAAACAUCUGGUAUCGUCUGAUCCACAAAAAAAUCCCACAUAAAUCAUUCCUUCAUCGAGUUAUGCCGGCCUAUUUUCCAACAUCCACCUGUCCCAUUUGUUCUGAUCCAGUUGAAUCAUUUGUUCAUUUUAUAUUUACAUGCCCACCCAAAUUAGCAAUAUGGCAACACAUGUGGUAUAUGUACAUUGAUCCUUCUGAUUCCUCCUUUUCGCUGGAUACUCUAUAUUAUGCUCUGCAUACCCUUCACGUUCCUUCUUCCUCUCUCACUUUAGUUUUCUCUCCUCUCACUGCUAUAGCUGCUACUCUCGAAGCGAUCUGGUUGUCCCAUUGGGCCUCUGUCUUCAAUGACACGCCAUUCACUUCUGCUACAACUAUAUCUCUCCUCACUACCAAAGCUCUUCGAAUACGCCAAGAAUCUCUUCUUUCAAAUGGCAUUCCUCAUGCUCCUCUUCCUCAUUUUAUGACAGACUAGUGUUCCUUAUUGUCACUAUAUGUGGUUCCCCUUAACAUUUUAAUAAUUUAAAAACUAAAAACAAACAAAAAAAAAAAAAA